AAUAUAUGCAACUUGCAGGAUCAACAGCAACUCCUAACCAAGAUACAAGCCAAACAUCUCAUGGAACUGGGUCUCCAGGAUCAACAGCAACUCCUAACCAAGAUACAAGCCAAACAUUUCAUGGAACAGCGUCUCCAGGAUCAACAGCAACACCUAACCAAGAUGCAAGUCAAACAUCUCAUGGAACUGGGUCUCCAGGAUCAACAGCAACUCCUAACCAAGAUACAAGCCAAACAUCUCAUGGAACUGGGUCUCUAGG